CAAGCUCUGUCUGUGCUAAGUAUAGGACAGCCAGCUAUGCCACUUUAGCCUAGAACCACCCCCAAGUCCUGGAGCACACUGGCACUUGAACUGAAUUUCCAGAGGCAGCAUGGACAUCAAGGAGUAUUUUGCCAGAAUUUCUUACCAGGGCUCCCACAAUAAGCCAGACCUGGCUACCAUGUCAGAUAUAUUCCAGCACCACAUCCAGGCUGUUCCUUUUGAGAACCUCAGCAUCCACUGUGGAGAAAGAAUUGAGCUGGACCUGGAAGCGACCUACAACAAGAUAGUGAGGAAGAAACGUGGGGGCUGGUGCAUGGAAAACAACUACCUUCUGUCUUGGGUCCUGAAAACUCUUGGCUAUGAAAUCACCCUUCUGGGAGCAAAAGUUUAUGUCCCAGAGCGUGAUGCCUACCCAGAGGAUAUCAAUCAUCUGCUGCUACGAGUGGAUCUUGAUGGCAAAUCCUACAUUGUGGAUGGGGGAUUUGGGAUGGCCUAUCAGAUGUGGCAGCCAAUGGAGCUGAUUUCAGGGACAGAUCAGCCUCAGACUCCUGGGGUCUUUCGUUUUCAGGAGGAGAAUGGGACAUGGUACCUGGAGAAAGUGAAAAGGAAGCAGUGGGUUCUGAACCCAAGCACUUCGACUUCCCCAAAUGUGGAAAAUGAAGUUUGCCGUCGGGUUUAUCUAUUUACCCUUCAGCCACGAGACAUUGAGGAGUUCAGGGGCUGCAAUGCCCACCUGCAGACAGCACCCAACUCAAAGUUUGUAUUGAAGUCCAUGUGCAGCCUGCAGACUGCUGACGGCAGCCGGGAACUGGUGGGGUGGAAACUCACAGAGAUAAAGUACAAUUAUAGAGACAAUAUGGAUCUUGUGGAAAUCAGAAUCCUUGCAGAGGAAGAAUUAGAGAAAACACUGAAGGAAAAAUUCAGUCUAACACUAGACAAGAAAUUUGUACCUGUUGAUAACAAGUUGUUCUAACUCACUGCCUGGAUUACAAUUCAAUUCAGUGGCAUUACAGGCAAUUCUUCCCUCUCUUUCU